AUGGCUUUCCGUUCUCUAUUUCUUUUUUCUUCCCUUGCUGACUUUCUAUUUCAGUCUUUUGUUUGUUUCGUUUCCUACCGGCUAUUCCGACUUCUUUCAUUGUUCUUUUCUCCCCUCUUUUUCUUUAUGAUUCUUUCUUCAACUGUUUCCUUAUUACUCCUCCCACUACUCUUACUUACAUGUUAUUCUCUAUCUGUUUUUUUUUUCUGUCUUCGUUUCUUUCCGCCAUUACUUCGUUUUAUCUUCUUUUACUUCUUUUGUUUUACCUUCUUCUUUUUUAGUCCUUUCUUUCUUCUUCACUAUAUGUUUUCUUUAUCCUUUUGUUCUUACCCGAAUCAUCUGCUGCAUCUAUCUAUCUAUCUAUCUAUCUAUCUAUCUAUCUAUCUAUCUAUCUAUCUCAGUAUGUUCGUAUCUAUCUAUUUAUUUAUCUAUAUAUCUCAUUAUGUUCGUAUCUAUCUAUCUAUCUAUCUAUCUAUCUAUCUAUCUAUCUAUCUAUCCGUUCGUAUCUAUCUGUAUGUUCGUAUCUAUCUACUUCAGUAUAUUCGUAUCUAUCUAUCUAUCUAUCUAUCUAUCUAUCUAUCUAUCUAUCUAUCUAUCUAUCUAUCUAUCUCUGUUCAUAACUGUCUAUUGAUCUCAGUUUGUUCGUAUCUAUCGAUAUAUCUAUCUCAGUAUGUUCCUAUCUAUCUAUCUAUCUAUCUAUCUAUGUUUCUUUUUAUUGUAACGUUUGUUUUUUUUUUUCACUUGUUUGUUCCUAAAAGAAGAAAGACAAAAAAAAGUAACCAAAAAAGCAAGAAACUGAAGCACAGACUUGGAGAGAUUGUUUUCUUAUUGUGUAAGCCUUGA